AUCCAUUGACGAAACCAAGUAAAGAUCCACAUGUACAUUAAAAGCCAAUCCUCUCUCCUGUAUCAUAAUCAUUACAUUGGGUCAUAAAUAUUACACGUAUAAGCUCACAAGAUUUUAUUCAGAAAGAUCUCGUUCUUGGACAUUACUUGCUCACUUCACUUUGCACUUUGCAGAUAUGUCGUCUUACGAUAAGUCUGAUGUGGCCGAAAGGGAAGUGAGGGACAGAGGGGAGAAAGAAGAAAAUAAAGAUGAGGAGAAGGGUGGCUUUUUGGACACGGUUAAAGGUUUCAUCCACGACAUUGGUGAGAAAAUCGAGGGAGCAGUCGGAUUUGGGAAGCCAACUGCAGAUGUUACUGAGAUCCACAUCCCUCAUAUCAGUAUGGAGAAGGCCGAGAUAGUUGUGGAUGUCCUUGUCACGAACCCGAAUCCUGUUCCAAUCCCCCUCAUCGACAUAAACUAUUUGAUCGAAAGCGAUGGGAGGAAGCUGGUCUCUGGGUUGAUUCCCGAUGCAGGGACAAUCCACGCACAUGGCUCUGAAACUGUCAAGCUGCCACUUUGUCUUAUAUACGAUGAUAUCAAGAGCACGUACGAUGAUAUCCAACCUGGGAGUGUGAUUCCUUACAGAGUUAAGGUCGACCUCAUUGUGGAUGUGCCCGUGUUUGGCAGGCUUACUUUUCCCCUCGAGAAGACCGGGGAGAUCCCCAUUCCUUACAAACCAGAGAUUGAUCUCGACAAGAUUAAAUUCGAUAAAUUCUCUUUUGAAGAAACCAGUGCCACGCUUCAUUUGAAGCUGGGAAACCAGAAUGACUUCGACCUAUGCCUUAAUGACAUUGGAUUUGAGAUUUGGCUAUGCGAUGUGAGCAUUGGCAGCGCUGAUCUCAGCAAGCCUACUAAUAUCGAGAAGAAGGGGACGGGCUUCAUUGAUGUUCCCAUCACGUUUAGGCCCAAGGACUGUGGCUCUGCCCUUUGGGAUAUGAUACGAGGAAGGGGGACAGGGUACGCCAUAAAAGGUAAUGUCAAUGUGGACACGCCUUUUGGGCCUAUGAAGCUUCCGAUUACCAAGGAGGGUGGCGAAACUCGUCUCAAGAAAAACAAGGAAGAUGGGGGCGAUGAUGAUGAUGAUGAUGAGGAGUGAAAAUCAGGAGAUGGCAAUUGAGGAGUUGAAGCUCAGCAAAGAUUGUGUGUGGAGAAGGAUUGUGGAAGUUUUCUUGUUCAAAAUGUUCUUAUCGUUUGUCAACUUAUCGUUAAUUAUGUUUAAUGAUAUUAUCGUAUGAUAAAUCGAUCUCCUUAGUGUGGUGGAAUAAACUGACUUUGAUUCUGUUUUACUACAAUUGGAAUGAUUAUCAACGGUUCUGAUCCAGUUAAAA